CCUCCAGUCAUUAGUUUCCUGUCUUUAGUUCAUUAGGUUUAUUUUGGUAUGCCUUAAGUUGGUUAAAGAGUUGUUUGCUCCUACUCUGAUUCUCCUUGGCUCCAAAGACACAUUAUGCCUCAAUCUGCCAUUUUGUGGCAGAUCGUCACUAUUCCUCAGGCGGUCGGCUGCAUUUUGUUUAUUCAUGCGCCGCCAAGAGGAAAGACACAUUUAAAUGUUUGCUGGCAAUCAAAUGAUGGCGUAAUCAAGUUAAAAUGCAUUUCAUACAAUAUGAAGAACAUCAGUCUGUGAUUAUUAACUUAGUGAUGUCGACUAGGUCUGGAGUGGCUCGCUUUGAGACAAAUGGGCUAUCGCAGGCUUGUUGCUGACAGUAGUGAAUGCUUAAAUUCACAUUAGCCUCGCACAGCAGCGCUCUGCAGUGUACAACUGCUGAGUGUUAGUGUUUCAGCGUGGCUUUAAAGGCAGCACUUAUUCACAAGAAGUCGCAGUAAUAUGACCACGAUAAUGUAAUAAAUCACACAAAUGUAGUUAAUUUGUGUAAUUUACUACAUACAUUUCAAAAAAGCUCAACUCCUAAUUGUGAUUUCUUUAAAGGCUCUGCUAUAUAUUAAGAACCACUACUCUACUAACUGUGCUUAGUGUCCUAUUGGUUCAGUAGGAACAUAAAUAUCCUCAUUAUUAACCAUUAAAAUGGCUUAAAUUACCACCCUUCAACCACAGUGCAUCAAAUGGACCUUACAAAGCAUAAACGCCUCCAUGUUAAUCUAUCUAAUGCUUUUAAACCAACUAUAUUUUAUUAUAUUUGUUGUUGUCAUCGUCUCUGUGUGCUCUGGGCAGCGCAACGUCCACCGUCUGUUCAAGGCUGUGUAUUCAGUGGAUGGAGUAAAAUAAGCAGCUGCCGCUUCUGUGUGUCACUACGCACAGCUGGGCAUUUGGCAAACGUCUGUAGUUGGGGUCAAGGCGACUGAGAAGGAUUUUAGUUACACACAGCAGCCACCUGUGGGAGACGCAACAUUUUGUAGUCAUUAAUUGUGCCUGUUAGAUGGAGCAUGAGGAACUUUUUAUUUGCAGGUUAAAGAAAUAAAAAUGUAAACAUUAACACAUUAUAAUCUUUUUUUUUUUAUUUAGGACUGUACCCGGAGAAACUUAAUCACUAGCAGUAUUUCCAUAAUGUCUGUGAGGUAGGCUACAGUUCUGCCCUCCAGUGGAUGUUAACAUUUCAGGUUGAAGUAAUUUGUAUUUCUACUUUGAUAAGAUAACAUUUAUAUGCAAUAGAACUUAACAACUAAGGAGGCAAGACAAUGAAAUUCAUAAACAAAUAUCAUUAAGACUGUUACAGUCCAGUAUAAUUCACGCUGCAAUAGUUAUGUUUCUCCUCUAGGUGAUGCUAUUUUACUAUAAAUACAGUAGCAUCAGUUGCAACUCUCCCUGUUAAGUUCAUUUGCAGGUUUGGUUACUGGAAACUGAGUUUGAGAUCUAGUUCUGUGAUUCUGCGUCAGUCAUCCAACUCGACGUGACACUAACCAUAUCAUGAAGUUCAUCAUGGGACAGUCUUGCACGCACGCACGCACGCACGCACGCACGCACGCACGCACGCACGCACUUACAUGGAAGUGAGGACACAUACACACACACGCACCUCAAAUCUUGCUGCACAAAGCUUUAGUUAGGUAAUAGUAAUAUGUGAAUCAUUAUCAUAUUAUCAUACUAUUUUUUUAUGUUUUCUUCAGCAGGUAACGCACUACUUACAGUAGUUUUACAGUGUGCUGUGAGCAUACAUCAGUAAAUGUACUGUAAUGCUGCAUGCUGUCGCUGUCAUUAGCUGAGGAGAGCUGAGAUCAUAAGGGAUAACGUUUUCAGUGGUUCUCCACCCACUGCUCUACUUUUACUGAACUCUUAAAAUCACAAACUCAGCAAACUCAUCAAAAACGUCACAAGAAGAGUAGAGAAGAGAAACAACCAUAUGACUACGGAGAGUUCCUUGAUGCAAAUGUUGUUUCUCUCUUCACCAUGAUGCUCAUACAGACCCUCCUGAUACUGGCUUUGCACAUCUCUCUCCCUCUCACCAUGGGUUUGUGGUCACGUUUACACUGCAUACUAGGAUUUAUUAGGAUUGGGGACAAAUGCGUUGAGUAUGAUGAAUGUGCUGCUUAUCCUGAUUACUCCUCUCGAUGUGGAGAGAACUCGCGCUGUUUCAACACAUAUGGCAGCUACUACUGCCAAUGUCACGAUGGCUAUAGAUCAUCAACAGGACAUUUGAAUUUUUCAGCUGAUGGACAUACAACAUGUCAAGACAUUGAUGAAUGUCAAACAGACAACAUUUGUGGUCAUGAUGCUGUCUGCAUCAACACAAUGGGCAGUUAUUAUUGUAACUGUAAAACUUGUUUUGGUUUGAAACCUGGUAACUCUACCUACUCUGACAAUGAAAAGCAAGACAUAUGUUUGACUAAUAAAACCAUCUGUGGAAAUGGAACCUGUCACAGUGGUGUUGAUGGUCAUCACUGUGUGUGUCACUCAGGGUUCAGUAACUAUGGCAACAACAGGUCUCGCUGCACCGAGUUAAGCUGUGAUGCCUUCAUAGAUAUGAGCAGUCUAAAAGAGUUCAAACAAAUCUGUCUAGAGCUCACAGAGAAUGAAAGUGUGAAAAAGCUGGAUGGGGAGAACAUGGUGAAGGAACUUUUAUCUGGGACUGACGAGCUUUUAUUGAAUUCAGCGUUCAGUGAUGGCAGCAAAGUCUCCAGCUUUCUGGACAUGAUGGAGAUUGCUUUGAGGCUCAUAGGAGCCUUUACAAAUACCUCACAUAUUAAAAGAUCCUCUAAUAAUACAGAACUGGAGCUACUGGUACGUUCGGGGCCUGACUUACCUCGAGGACCUGUAACUUUAUCAUCUAAGCGAGUCCAGGCAGACCUCCAGCUGGAGACCGCUGCUGGAGAUCCCUCCAAUUACCCUGGCUUCACAACAGUGGCCUUGCUGAGCUACGCAAACCUGAUGGACUCUGCAGAUGGAUAUUUUGCUGGAAUGAAGCCACAGAAGAACCAAAGCUUUAAGAUCAACUCUCAAGUUGUGACUGUUGCCGUCAGCAACCGAGACACAAGCGUCCUUAAAGAUCCAGUCAACCUAACCUUUUACCACCUGAACCAGACCACUGAAAGCCACAAAUGUGCAUUCUGGGAUUCUUCAGAGGAAGGUGGGACGUGGUCGGCUCGAGGCUGCAGUGUAGUGGAGUCCAACCCUGAGUACACUGUGUGUUCCUGCACCCAUCUGAGCAGCUUUGCAGUGCUGAUGGCGCUCUAUGACAUGGAGGACAAGUUUGAGUUGCAGCUGAUAACCUGGGUGGGACUGACCCUCUCACUUUUUUGCCUGUUCCUCUGCAUCCUGACAUUUUCUCUGAUUCGCUCCAUUAAAAGUCCAAGAACCACCAUCCACCUGCAUCUCAGCAUCUGCCUCUUUAUCGCCAUUCGAAUUUUCCAGGCAGGAAUCUCUCACACACAGAACCCAGUCGGCUGUGCUGUAGUAGCAGGGCUGCUGCAUUUCUUCUACCUGGCAGUAUUUUGCUGGAUGUGUCUGGAGGGCAUCCAGCUCUUCAGGAUGGUCGUCCUGGGUUUUAACACCAACUUUAAAACUCUCUACCUGAUGGCAGGUGGCUAUGGAGUCCCAGCUGUAAUUGUUACAAUCUCUGCCUUAGCGAAUGCCAAAGGAUACGGCACUAAGAGACACUGUUGGCUGAGCCUGGAAAUCGUAUGGAAUUUGUUUGGCCCUGCCUGUGUCAUCAUAACAAUAAACAUUUUCUUCAUUCUCAUCACUAUGUGGAAGUUGACACAGAAGUUCUCAGGAUCAAACCCAGAUCUUGAAAGUUUGCAACAAAUAAAGGCAUUUUCCAUUACUGCAGGGGCUCAGCUGGGCGUGCUGGGCACCACGUGGGUCUUUGAAUGUUUCCAGGUGGUGGAAGGCACCACUGCUAUGACUUACCUGUUCACCAUCUUUGGGAGCCUUCAGGGGGUUCUGCUGUUCGUCAUCCACUGUCUGCUUGAUAAGCAGGUGAGGGAGGAGUAUGGGAAAUUAUUGUCUGGAAUGUGUUCACCUUGGAAAUGCAACUAAGUUCAGCUACUGAGCAGCCAUAAGUAUACAUACUCACAAGAGUGACUUUGAGUCGUGGAAACAUUUAUGAAUAUAAUCUGCAUCUGUAUCACUCCUUCGCCAGUAUGAACUCACCAUAGCACCUGUUUGACACUCCUCCAUAUAAAUCUUUAAUUAAAGUCUUUAGACCUUAAAAAAGGUGUCAGGUCUGUGUUGAUAUGAAUGGAGGUCUAAAGCAGAGACUGAGUAUCAACAGUGGCUGUGUCUCAUCCUCCAAUAGAUUUGACUGUAUUUUAGUUUCUGUAAUAUUUACAAUAUUUAAGUUUUCAGCCACAGUUUGAAAACUGAAUGUCAUGGAUUCAAUAAAUCAAAGCAUUUCUUCAUCUGGAACCAAUUCUUUGCAAAAGAUGUCAAUUUUACAUAAACUACAAAGACAACAAAUAGCAACAGGCUCCAAUGACAACCAAUGAGGCACUGAUUCACACUGGUUUGUAUUUUGUGUCCACUGUGUUCUGACUGAUUGGACGUGUUCAUGUACUUGGUUGCAUGUUGUAUUGUUUGAAGGCAAUAUGAGUUUUUGCUACAUAUUUCCAGUGUUUUGACACAGUUAGGGCUUUUUGCAAACAAAGCAUGUCAUUUUGACAUUGGAAUUGUUGUUUUCAUGAAACCUCAACUGUGGCCCAUUCCACCGCUUGAGAGAAGCAGCUUCCCCCACUCUGUGGCCGAGCACAUUCAUUUAUGUACAUGCAUUGAAUACAAGCAGACACGCCCUCCAUUCUGUCAAAGAAACAAGAUUCUGUGCUUUUAUGUCUGUUUUUUUUCACAGUGUAACAUACAAUGCAACAUACAAUAAUUUUACAGACAAAGUCAGAACUCCAAUGUGGCCCAUUCCACCGCUUGAGAGAAGCAGCUUUACUCGCUCUGUGUCUGAGCAGAUUCAUUUACAUGGAGACAUGGCUGGAAAACAUACAGGUACGAAACACAUAGCCACUUUUCUAGAAGUGGCUACAGUAUGUGGAGGAAUGGGCCACACUUGAGUACUGACUUUAUCUGUAAAAUUAUUGUAUGUUUCACUGUGGAAAAAAGUGACAUAAAAGUAAAAAAUCCCUGGUUUAUCAUAUUGACAAGGAGCACAAAAUCAAUUGCUUUGGCAACAACCUCCCACACCUGGCCCUGCAUAAGAGGCAAGGCGGGGGAUCGAACUGCAAACCUUUGCUUCCUGAGACCAUCACUCUAUCAACAGUAAGAUUGUACAGUACAGUAAGAAAUGUUACUACUGUUUGUUUUUAUGUCUUUUAUGUUUUAUGAGAGGUGGUUUGGAUGGCCGAGGAAAUUUAUCAAUCUUCUAUGCAAAUAUUUUUUCAUGUCAUAUUGUACUGAUCUGAUUCUGACCUGAGUUUAAAAACUAAUUUCUAGAAAGUGUACAGUACAUACAGUAGAUCUAUAUCUGUGAUAUUACAACAUCAGAGAGCUCUAUGUGGGAGGUCUCACAAGGUUUCUGCUAAAGAGCACAGCACGUUUGUUUUUCAGCAGAAUAAAGUCUUAGCUCAUUUGGUUUGAUUUUUCAAACAUACAUAUAAAAUAACUAGUGACUUCAGCAGUCUACCUUCAUCGAAAAUGAAAAAAAUGAUUUUUUUUAAGAUCGCUUUGACCUGUUUUAGGAAACUAGGAUCCACUCAUUUUACACACGUCUAGCAAACAUGUAAAACCAUUCUCAGGGGAUUGACACAUGUUCCCCGCCCUUCUGCCAAACAGUUAACACUGAUGUCAUUCAAACAGUCCAAACGCCAUUGUUUUAGCUUUGAUGACCAAACAAAAACAGCUAUUUUUAACUAUUUCAAACUAACAAGACCAGUAUAUACUCCUUCAUCUUCAAUAUUCAAUCAGUCUUUAGGCCUAAUAAAAAGGUGCCAGGUCUGUGUUGUUGUUUACCAACAACAGUGUCUUAUACUCCAGUAUAUUUGACCGUAUUUAAGUUUACAGUACAUGUAUUUUCUGUAAUGUUUACAGUUUUUCAGUUUUCAGUCACAGUUUGAAAAAAAUGAAUGCCAUGGAUUCAAUAAAAA